GGUGAGUGAAGAGUGAGCUUCACAAUUCACAAUCUUGCCCCUCAGACAGCGACACAAGAACAGAGGAAAGAGAGUAUUUUUGGCGCUUUUCUUUUUUCUCCCCUUUGAUUGAAACUUAGGUCACACUGUCACAGCCACAACACAAAGAAAGAGAGAGAGAAAAUAGAAAUGGAAGAAGAGGGAAUAGGGUUAGUGUUGGCCAGAGCUACAGAACUCAGAUUGAAGAUUAGCAAUUGCAUCCACACCGCCACCGCCACCACAUCUAACCACGCGCCUCUCACUCUCAAUGGCCCGUCACCUUCCGCCGCCGACGACGAUGAUGACGAAGCUACUGAUAUGCUCCUCAAAAUUUGCGAUGCCCUCGAAGCCUUGGAGACCCAGCUUGCUUCCUUGCAGGUUCUACAACAACAACAGCGAUAUCAAAGAGAAAUUGCGUUGGCUGAGAUUGAGAGCAGUCGUAAGGUGUUAAUCGAUAAGCUGAAGGAGUACAAGGGUAAGGAAUUGGAUGUGAUACACGAAGCUUCCACUUUUGCUAGUGAAACUGUCGAAACCAAUAAUGAUCUGCUACUCCCUCCGUAUCCAAGCCGCCCCCCAUAUUCCAUGUCUCUGGACAAGGAGUAUCUGUCGCAAAUCCCUUCUGUGAAUAAGUCCGGUCGCAAUGGGUUAAUCACACUCGAUCCAAUGAUUGAGGCAAAAAACAGCCUAGAUGAUAAGGAGCAAAAUCAUGCUGCAAAUGAAGAUAAAAGUUUAAGAAAAGGGUUGGGAUAUUUCAUAACUUCUGCAGCCAAAACAAUGCUUACAGUUGCUGGAGUGGUAUCAAUAUUAAGUGUGUCUGGCUUUGGGCCUAAUCUGGGGAAGUUAGGUGUCCGAUUCAAUGUACAAGGCUGGCGUCAAAGAACAGAAAAUGAGAAUGAAAGAUCUGCUGCCCAGAAUGUGAAGCAUAGAUCAAUUACUCAGUGUCCGCCUGGUAGAAUUUUGGUGAUGGAAAAUGGGGAAGCUCGAUGUCUUGUGAAAGAGAGAGUCGAAAUUCCAUUUUCGGUUGUUGCUUCAACACCUGAUAUAAACUAUGGAUGUGGUUGCAAUAACAUUGAGGGGCAUAAUCAGCUUUUAGUGGCUCAAGUGGCUUAUAAGAGAAUCAUGAGCACCCUGGAGGCAAGAGCAUUCACUGAAGAGCAAGAAGCUCUUGUGGUCAAGUCAUGGAAUGUUAUGAAGAAGAAUUCUGCUGAACUUGGUUUCAAGUUUUUCCUUAAGAUAUUUGAGAUUGCUCCAUCAGCUCAGAAACUGUUUUCAUUCUUGAAAGACUCAAAAGUUCCUUUGGAGCAGAAUCCCAAGCUCAAGACACAUGCCGUGACUGUAUUUGUUAUGACAUGUGAAUCAGCAGUUCAACUUCGAAAGGCUGGAAAAGUGACCGUGAGAGAAUCAAACUUGAAAAAAAUGGGUGCUACCCAUUUCAGGGUUGGUGUUGUAGAUGCACAUUAUGAGGUGACAAAGUUUGCACUGUUGGAAACAAUAAAAGAAGCAGUGCCUGAAAUGUGGUCACCAGCCAUGAAGGAAGCAUGGAGUGAAGCUUAUGAUCAGCUUGUUGGUGCCAUCAAAUCUGAGAUGAAACCCUCUGCUUAAUUAAUUAAUCAAUUCCCUUAGUUUUAAUUGAAUAAAAAUGAAAUCAUAGUGCCCUCUUUGUACAUUAAAGCAUUGAGUGCUUUGGUACGUAAAAUUGUACUUUAUAUUGUUGCGGCUUGAUACUUACGGAUUUAAUAAAUAAUAUUAUUUGAACAAUGUUA